AUGGGUUCCAUGAAAGAUAACAAGGAUAUAGCUUGCUAUUUUAUAACUAAGCACUCCUGGAAAGGGAAAUACAAGAGGAUUUUCUCUGUUGGGACGCUUGGAAUCACAACCUAUAAUCCCCAGACUUUGGAGGUCACAAACCAGUGGGCUUAUGAGGAAUUCAUCAGCAUUGCACCAAAUGUGAGAGCUCCUACCAACAAUGAGUUUAUCAUUACCAUGAAGAAGGGUAAGAAGACAGACUCGAUGAAAUUUUCCACAGAUCAUCGACCAGAUCUCCUUACUGAAGCACUGAAAUUUAGGAACAAAUUUGCAGAAGUCACAAAAACAACAAAGAGGUUCAAUGCUUUCAAAUGUCAUUGGUCAGAAAACCGUGUCCCUGUGAUUCUAGAGGUCAAUCCAGGAUCACUGGAUCAAAUUGACCCGUCCACCAACAAGAUGCUGUGUUCUUACCUUUACAAAGACAUGGAGGGUCUCACAAAGGUGACAGAUUACCCAGGUGGAGUGGCAAUCAUUCAUGGUGGAUUUAGUCGGUUGCACCUCUUUGCCCUGGAGCAGAAAGAUGACCUAAUUAAGCAUGUGAUGGAGUCAGCUGCUGCUUAUGUUGGAAUUGCUGUGAAACAGCGGCGAGAACCAAUAACAUUCCAACAAUUCAUCCUCAACAGGAUGGGAAAACACAGCACUGAUGAAGCAUUGACGUCGUAUGCAGAAUUUAUGGUGCAGAAGAUUUCACCGCGUCACACUGACAAUGUGAGGCGAACACUGUGUUUAUCUGAGACAUGUAUGGUAGAGAGAGAUCCAGCCACGUACAACGUGGUUACUUGUAAACCCCUCUGUGAUAUUUUUGCAAUAAUUCGUGAUAGUGAAAACCCACAAAAGUUUAGUAUUGAAUAUGUAAAAGGUGCAAUAAGGACAUACCUCUCUACAGACAGAGAUGCUUUGAUAGCAUCGUUACUGGAUGGUGUGAGAGCAUCCGGAAAUCGUGAUGUUUGCAUCAAAAUGAAAUUCACACACAGAGGCUUUAGAUUAGGCCCCUUUACUGUUCCUGUCGACGAAGAAGUAGAAAGUCAGCAUUUGAAAAUGAUGAUACAACCAGUUUCUAUGACAUUUGAUGAAGCUGUAGCCAGAUUUAACAGUAAUAUAUCCUAUAGUGGACUACUUCAUGCUGUUACACAAGAUGGCCUGUUUGCAGAGAACAAAGAAAAGCUAAUUAAUGGUGCCCUAGGGAGUCUGUUGGACCGAGAGGGAGAUCAGAACUCAAUUCCAGUAGCUUGUCUGGAAGCUCAAUUCCAUGCUCUUAGACGAUUAGUCGCUUCAAAAGCUGGAUUCCAGGCCUUCACAAACUUACCAAAAAUGCGUGAGAGAGUUGGUUUGAAAGUGGUAAAAGCUUUAAAGCGGAAGGACUCCGGUGUGACACAUGCAGCGGUGGACAUGCUGUGUGCUCUGAUGCAGCCCAUGCAUGAUGACUACGACCUACGACAAGAACAAAUGAACAAGUACUCCCUUCUCUCGUCACAAAAGUUCCUGAAGACUCUGCUGGAGAUGUUCAAUGAAAAUGUGGUGCACAACACUGCUGCAUUGGUAAUAUCGGCCAUGUUGGAUUUCCUGACCUUUGCUCUCUGUGCACCAUACAGUGAGACCACUGAUGGUGGCCAUUUUGAUAUGUUACUGGAAAUGAUUGCUGCAAAUGGCCGCAUUGUCUUCAAACUGUUCCAACAUCCCUCCAUGGCUAUUGUGAAGGGAUCAGGACUUGUGAUGAAAGCUAUUAUAGAGGAAGGAGAUGCAGAAACGGCAGCCAAGAUGCAGGAGUUAGCUUUGUCAGAGGGUGCCCUCCCUAAACACCUCCACACUGCCAUGUUUACACAGAGUAAUGACAGCAGAAUGUUAACAAACAGACAGCUGAGUCGACAUCUGGUAGGACUUUGGGUAACAGGUCACCCGACAGCUAUGGGACUGUUGCGGCGCAUCCUGCCCAGCGGCCUGUUGCUAUUUUUAGACUCUGAAGAUGAAGUACCAAUGUCUGAGGAAGACAGAAUCAACAUCAGGGACAAUGUCAAAAUGGCACAGGAAAUACAAAAGAAAAACAAGAAGAAUCCACAGCUGCUGAUGCUGGAAAUGAAGAUCGAUGGUUUCCUUCAGCAUUGGCGUUCAAGGAUUGGCUUGGAAAAAACAAAACAGCAAAAUGAUUUGAAGCCAGUGACCUUGAGAAAGCGUCGUCAACGCAUUAAGAGCGAGGCGAACUGGGCGUUGUUUUAUUAUGGCUUCAACAAAGACCACGCUAAACCAAACCUCAUCUGGAACUACAAGACACGAGAAGAACUGAGAGAAGCCCUAGAAAACGAGAUUCGUGCUUUCACAGUCGAUAAGGAGCUUGGUACUAACUGUAUCAUUGGAUGGAACCAUCAAGAGUUUGAAGUAUCUUAUAUCUGUCUGUCAGAUGAAAUCAAGAUAGGUGACUACUAUCUGCGACUUCUAUUGGAGGAGGGAGAAGAGGAGACUGAGGAAACUAGUGCCAUCAAAAAAUCAUAUGAGUUCUUCAAUGAUCUCUACCACCGUUUCCUGUUAACACCAAAGACAGCCAUGAAAUGUAUGUGUUUACAGGCCAUGACAAUCGUCUAUAACAAAUGUCAUGAAGAAAUUGGUGCUUUCAACGACACACGCUACAUCGUCGGCAUGCUUGAACGGUGCACAGAUAAGUUGGAAAGAGAUCGUCUGAUUCUGUUCCUCAACAAACUCAUCUUACACCCACGUAAUGUGAAAGACAUCCUGGAUGCUAAUGGUGUGAAGAUCAUGGUUGACCUGCUGACUAUAGCCCAUUUACAUACAACACGGGCCACCGUCCCCUUACAAACAAAUGUGAUAGAAGCCUCGCCUGAUAUGAAUCGUGAAAGUGAAAAAGAGUGGUACUAUGGUAACAAGGACAAGGAAAGGCUUGGACCCUACAGCUUUGAGGAGAUGAAAUCAUUAUAUGAAGAAGGUACAGUCCAUGCAAAAACACGAUGUUGGGCCCAAGGUAUGGAUGGAUGGCGCCCUCUACAAUCUGUUCCACAACUCAAAUGGACUCUACUAGCCACUGGUCAAGCAGUGAUGAAUGAGAGUGACCUGGCCUGUCUCAUACUCAAUAUGUUCAUCAAGAUGAGCGAUUAUUACCCUAGUCGGGACCCUGAAGGUGCAAUAGUACGACCACUGCCAAAAAUCAAACGUAUUCUAUCAGAUGCUGUCUGCCUCCCUCACAUAGUCCAGUUGCUGUUGACCUUUGACCCUAUCCUGGUAGAGAAGGUCGCGGUGCUACUGUACAGCAUCAUGCAGGACAACCCCAACAUAUCACGGCUCUACCUUACUGGUGUCUUCUUCUUCAUUCUCAUGUACACUGGCUCCAAUGUCCUUCCAAUAGCACGAUUCAUCAAAUACACCCACCUCACACAGGCCUUCCGCUCCGACGAGUUCUCCAGUUCGGAUAUUAUGAUGCGGAGUGUGUUAGGUCACAUACUGCCAGAAGCAAUGGUAUGCUACCUCGAAAAUUAUUCUCCAGAAAAAUUUGCCAAAAUCUUCCUAGGUGAAUUUGACACCCCUGAGGCCAUAUGGAACAGUGAAAUGAGACGACUGAUGAUUGAAAAGAUAGCCUCCCACUUGGCGGACUUCUCACCUCGUCUCCAGAGUAACACUCGGUCACUGUAUCAGUACUGCCCAAUACCUCUAGUCAGCUACCCACAGUUAGAAAAUGAGCUCUUCUGCAAUAUCUACUAUCUCAAACACCUAUGUGAUACAGCACGCUUUCCAGACUGGCCAAUCAAAGACCCUGUGAAGCUGCUGAAAGACAUUUUGGAGGCCUGGAAGAAGGAAGUAGAGAAGAAACCUCCCAGCAUGUCACUAGAUGAGGCAUAUGCUGUACUUAACCUCAAGAAAGGUGUAGGCGGACAUGAAGAGUCCACAAUCAGGAAAGCAUACUUCAAACUAGCCCAGAAAUACCAUCCUGACAAAAACCCAGAAGGACGGGAAAUGUUCGAACAAGUGAACAAAGCGUAUGAGUUCCUGUGCAGCAAGUCAAGACUGAAGGAUGGCCCUGAUCCCCAGAAUAUUGUUUUAAUACUCCAGGCACAGUCCAUUCUCUUUAGGAGGUAUAAGGAUGAUCUGGAACCUUACAAGUAUGCUGGAUAUCCGAUGCUGAUAAAAACCAUUCGCAUGGAAACAAGCGAUGACUCCCUCUUCUCUAAGUCUGCCCCACUGUUGUCAGCAGCAACUGAGCUAGCAUAUCACACAGUUAAAUGUUCAGCUCUCAACGCUGAGGAGCUUCGCAGAGAACACGGUAUACAGGUGCUACAGGAGGCGUUUGCCAGAUGUGUCAAUGUUCUUAGUCUGUCCAGUAAACCAGAGGAGCUGGCUGUUCAAGUAUGUAUUCAUGUUGUCAAGUGCUACGCAGUAGCAUCACAAUUUGAAGGAUGUCGGGAGAAAAUCCAGGAGAUUCCAGCCAUUAUCAAAGAUAUCUGUAGAAUACUUUAUUUUAAGAACCUUCCUCAGCUGUGUUCUGUGAUAGCACAGUGUAUCAGUGCCUUUGCUGUGGACUUCUGGCUCCAAACCAACCUGUUUCAGUCAGGCAUCUUAUGGCAUCUCCUAUUGUACCUGUUCAAUUAUGAUUACACUCUGGAGGAGGGAGGUGUAGAGAAGAGUGAUGAAUCCAAUCAACAGGAGGUAGCUAACCAGCUUGCCCGUCUCUGUAUUCGAGCUUGUUCUCGUCUCGGCGGAUACCUGCCCGAGAGUACAGAUCUCUCAACGCCAGAAAACGUCCCUGUCAAGAAAUCACUAUCUGCUCUGCUGACGCCAUUUUUGGCACGCAAACUGGCCAAUGAAAAUCCGUCAGAGUUGUUGAAAAUCCUGAACAGUAACACAGAGAAUCCAUAUCUGAUUUGGGACAAUGCUACACGAGCUCAGCUGAACGAAUACCUGACUGACCAGCAACAGAGAAUUGUCAGAACAGGAGAAAUUGAUCCAGAUUAUGGAUCUACUUUCGUUUUCGAUAUCCAUGCCAAAGAAUUAAUUGUCGGAGAAAUAUUUGUGCGAAUCUACAAUGAGCAGCCAACCUUCCAGUUAGAUAAUCCAAAAGGGUUUACGAUCGACCUUUUAGACUUUUUAGGAUCCCAAGCACAGUACUUACAUUCCCUCAUGAUGCUCCAACAACAGAGCCAAAACUCUAGUCAGAACAAACAGAAUGAUCGCCUGUCACAUGUAGAGAUGGCAUUAGAAGGUCUUCGUAACGUCAUCAAAAAUAAUCCAGGUGUAGAAAUCCAGUGUAUAGGACAUUUUAAACUCCUCUUUUGUCUCCUAAGACUUGAUGAUUGUGCCAAACUUCAACAGUUUGCUCUCGAGGUUGUCAGCUGUGUGACUUCGAACCAAGAAUGUGUCAAUGAUAUCGCUGCCUCAGAAGUACUGUCCUAUCUACUGCUGGCUAUCCAGAGUCUACCCACAUGUCGACUACUGACACUGGAAAGUCUGUUUGCUCUAAUGUCCAGUACAAAGAUCGUUAAAGAAGCUCUAGGCAAGGGUAUACCAGUAUACCUAUUGGACCUGUUCUGUAAUGCCACCAACCCAAACGUGCGAGAAAAGACCGCAGAGUUGAUCGCUAAAAUGCUGUCAGACAAAUUAGUAGGACCAAAACUUCGGAUCACCCUCGCCAAGUUCCUCCCUCCAAUAUUCAUGGAUGCCAUGCGAGAUUCACCAGAAGCAAGUGUGCAUAUGUUUGAAGGUACACAUGAGAAUCCAGAGUUAAUUUGGAAUGAUGAUUCACGAGAGAAAGUGUCAGAUGUAGUCCGGAAACUGAAGGACAGCCAUUACAAGGCACAGCGGGACAACCCUGACACCAGAUGGAGUUUGAGAGAAGACUUUGCUGUCGUGUACACUGAUGUAGAAGGGGAGUUAACUGUUGGAGGUGUGUUCCUUCGGAUAUUCAUUUCCAAUCCUGGCUGGGUCCUUCGGAAACCUAAAGAGUUCCUAACAGAGCUGAUGGAGAAAUGGACACAACUUGUCAACAUGCAGGCUCCGGAUGGCGAGGUACUAGAGACUGUAACGACAGCUGUGGUGUGUCUCUUCUCCUCUCAAUCCUCACUGCUAGACCAGGUACCACAGCUUGGCUAUAUCCCAAAGGUGUUCCAGGCCAUGUCUCACCGCAACAACGCCAUACCAAAGGCCGCCAUUCAAGUGGCACACCAACUAGCCAACAAUGAGAUAUGUAUACGCAGCAUGGCUCAGACGGAAUGUAUCGGCCCUAUUAAGGUAGCUAUGAAGGCACGUCGUGAUCAGAUCGCACUGGCAGCAGAAACUCUGGCUAAGUUGUUUGAUAAAGGGGAGGAAGAACUUGUCUCGCAGGCUGUAAAAGCUGAUAUUGUCCCAUUCCUUCUGAAGUUAUUGGACGCUGGUCUAGAACUGCUAGAUAAUCCAUCAUCAACAAAGGCUCAGAUUGUCAAAGCCCUCAAGGCCAUGCAACGUAGUCUCAUCUACGGGGAACAGAUAACAGGGAUUUUGGAUAAGUCACCCAUCUGGAAAGAAUAUCGGGACCAGAAACACGAUCUCUUUAUAUCAGACACUCCAAUCGCUGGCUACUUAACGGAUAAGGCCUCAGGUCCAGCUGGCCCAAAUGUUGCUGGAUACCUCACAGCAGGAACAAGAACCAACAUGCCUGAUGCCCCGCCUCCUUUAGAAGUACCAGAUGAUCAUUGAUUUUUUUCAUCUGAAACAGAUAUUUCCAUUGGCCAUACUAGAUCAUGUGAUACAUUUUUCAUCUCAUUCAAAUAUCUGCAAUAUUUUGUGAUAAGAACAAUAAUGUGAAAAAAAAUCGUUAUAUAUUUCACGAACUGUUAAGUUCAUUU